GGGGGGAGCAGGAGGAAGUGCUCCCGCUGCGGCGCGUGCCGCCCGAGCAUGGACAGCGCCAUCCCAUGUCGCCCUCGGGCAGGAGGCCGGCGCAGGACGCCCGCCGCCGUCGCCGCCGCCCGCCUCGCGGGUGGACAUGGCCGAGCUGCGCCGCUCGGUGGCGGCAGAGGGCCUGCCCGACGAGGGCAUGCGCGGGCUCGCCGCCACGGACGCCGCGCGGCUGGCGCUCGCCGCGGACGCGGAGGCCCUGCGCGCCACCUUCGCCGCGGCGCUCGUGGGCCCCAGCGCGGCGCAGGCGUACCACGCCGCCAGGGCGCUGCGGUGCGUCGUGGGCUCGGCCGCCACGGUGGCGGCCGUGUGCGCGCAGGUCGCCGCCCCGCUCUGCGCCGCGCUGGGCCGGAGGCAGGAGCCGGCGGUGGUGGCCUGGCUGCUGCUGGCCGCGAUGCGCAUGGCGCAGCACCCGGAGGCGCGCGGGAGUCUGCUCCGGGCGGGCGCGGUGCGGGCGCUGGCGCCCCACGCCUCGCGCCGUGAGGACGGCGGCGACGACGACGACGGCACGCCUGCGCCGAGGCCCGACCUCAUGGCCGCCAUCGCCCUGUCGCUGCUCGCUGGUUCCGGGGCGGCGGCGGAGCCGGCGUCCCACGUGCCGCUCCGCGCCGUGGGGCCGGUGGUCCAGGUGCUGAUGCGGCGGCUCACGACCUCGAGCGCCGCGGAGGCGGUCCAGGCGCGGGCCUUCUGCGGCAUGCCCGUGGACUACCGGCCCCGCAUCGUGGCCCAGGCGUUGGCCCAGCUGCUCGAGGCCUCGUCGGCGCACGCCGCGGUGGCGUGGCAGACCCUCCUGCCGGAGACGCUGUCUACGGCAGCCCCGACGUGGUGGAGAUGGCGGGCCGCUGCCGCGCCGCGCUGCUGGCGCCCUCCCGCGCCGGCGCGGCCAGCGAGGACCGACCACGAUCGCGCGGAGCAGCUGCGCAGCGCCCCGGCCGCGCCGCCCGGCACCUGGGAGAGGAGGGCCAACGAGUCCGAGGAGGCCGCCAGGUGCGAGUUGUGCAUCAGCGUGGUCAAAGCGGCGCUAGGCCAGACGUUGCCGGCAGGCCAGCAGGGCACCGAGAUGCAGAUUCGAAAGGAGAAGAUCCGGGACGGCGCCGAGGCCGGGAGCGAGGGCGACGGCGACGGCGAGGACGACGGCGCGGCCGCCUUCGGCCCCAACAGGCUCGAGGCUCGAGGCUCGCAGCCAGCCGACAAGUUCUGGAGCCAGGCCGAGGACCGCGACGCCGCGGGCUCCCGGACGCGCUCCCGCACCAUCGAGGCGUUCGCGUCUCCGGGCGCGGAGGGCUGCGACAUGCCGCUGCAGGAGGGGUGA